UUGACUAUUACAUUCAUAUUGAAGCCACACGCACCACUUCACUGACACAAAUUCUAGGAGCUAACAUGGAGGACGGUGACAAUUUUAUUUUUAUUGACUUUAAUGAUACCGACUGUUGGCAUGAAAACUGCUCCUAUGUGCUGAAUCCCUUUGAAGAUGAGGUCCCUGUCAUAGGUGCACGCCACUGGUUCGCUCUGAUCUGCUACAGCAUCGUCUUCCUGCUGGGUGUCCCGGGCAACGGCCUGGUGGUGUGGGUGACGGCAUUCAGAAUGCCAAACUCCGUCAACGCACAGUGGUUUUUAAACCUGGCCAUCGCCGAUCUGCUGUGUUGUUUAUCUUUGCCUCUGCUGAUGGUACCGCUCGCACAAGACCUACACUGGCCCUUUGGUCCUCUGGCGUGCAAAAUACUACACGGUCUAUUCUCCAUGAUGAUGUACUGCAGCGUUCUGCUCUUAGUUGUCAUCAGCUUGGAUCGCUUUCUUUUGGUGACCAAGCCCGUGUGGUGCCAGAACCGGAGAAAUCCGAAGAUAGCCCGGUGCGUCUGUUUGGCCAUUUGGCUGCUGGCUCUCCUGUGUAGCUCUCCACAGUUUUCUCAUAUGGAGGAAAAUGUAAAAAGUGAGACUAAAAUAUUGUGUGUUAGUGUGCAUCAUAGCAUCGGUCAAGCCUGGGCUGUGACUGUGUCUCGUUGUUUCCUGUCCUUUGUGUUACCUUUCAUGAUCAUCUGUGUCAGCCACUGGAAGGUUUACCAUGCGACAAGGUACAGACGGGGCCAACGUGGCAAUGACAAGUCGGCCCGGACACUGCGUGUCAUCCUUGCUUUAGUUUUUAGUUUCUUUCUGUGCUGGAUGCCUCUGCACAUCGUGGAUCUCCUUCAAUUGAUACAAUACAAAAAGUCACAUCAGUUACAAGCCGACUUGAAGUUAGGCCACGUGUUAGCGCUUUGCUUGGCUUACAUUAACAGCUGCAUGAAUCCUCUACUCUACGUGUGUCUUGGCCGUGGUUUCAAGGAAAAUCUGAUAAGCUCCCUGCGUAGCGUGCUCCACUUUGCGUCCGAGGCCCCGUCCACUCGAAUUAACAUGACUGCAAGCAGUAAAACCACCACCACAGAUGGACAAACUUGCAGGGAGAAGCCCCUGUGAACCCUUGUAUGACAAAUGGAUCUAGAGUUAUGCCGCUGGAGUUCUCAAUGGUCAAUAGUCAAUGGUCCAUAUGACAACAUGGACUCCAUCUUUGUUUCAUGGGUUCUCAAUGAAGCACAAAAGUUGGGUUCCAGAAAUAAAAACCACAUUUGUUUUCUCUGCAGGCUUUUUUUUACAAAAUUUGUAACAACCUAUAAAUUUAAAGACAUGAGGCUCUUAGGAGAUAUGCUGUAAUGGUGUUAAGGCCACGAGUCUGUGUUAUUUCCAAUUGAACUUUUCAAACAGUAUGUUUAACACUGAAACUCCUGGUGCAAAAUCAACAAAUCACAGAAUCACGUCCAACAAAAUGAGCCACGCGAAUGGCGCAGUUUGACUCGCUCAAGUGCUUAAAGAUUUUUAUAUAUCAAAAUAUAGAUUACUAGACCUAUCACAAUCACGAUAAACAAAAAAUGUUUAUGACUAUAAUUUUAAAUAUUUUUUAUUUUAACUUGAAAAAACAUUCGCAGAUGCGACGUCCACUUGGACAGCAGUUGAGAUGUUAAGUCAUGUUUGAUCUCCUAGCUGUUGGUUUAGUUUAUGCCGUUGUAUGCUUUGAUAUUUUUCCUUGUUUAAGCAUAACUUUAAUUUACUCAUUUAAAAUAUUAAAUAUAAGUAGCUGUGUAGUCCAUUCAUCCCUUCAACUGCACUGCAGAAGCAAGCCAAACAACCAACCAAACCUGUGAUCAUCUAGUGAGGUCCAGACAGUUUGUUUCGGUUUAACAAAAUGCUACAUACUUAUUUUAGAAAUAAAUAUAUGCUGUUGUUGAGUAAUAUCACUUGAACCUUGACUUUCAUUUUAAACUUCUAACCUCGAGAAAAUACAAAAAACCAACAUUGCUCUCGCGCAGAGCAGAAUGAGGUUGAACACUAUUGAGGCGAAAGUAACGGAACGAAUCCAAUUAGCAUACCUCGAAACACAAAAUAUCGCUCUCACUUGUGUUUGCUAGUUGAACAAGACAGUAAAAAGACACACAAGUCUAAAACGUCGCUUGGAAUCUACUUGCAAAGAGCUGAAAUCUCCCAAAAUGCAAGUGGUAAAAUGUCUCCGCAUGAACUUGCCAAACCACCAGAGGUCAGUAAAGAGCAAAAGUAUUAACUUUUAAAACCGCCCGUGUGGUUGUGCUUGUGAUUUAGUGAAUAAUUGUAAAAGGCUACUUUCACCACGAUUAGACCAGGGGGGUGGGGUGAUAAUCAUAUGUCGUUACUGCAACAACAUUGUUAAUGUUUACGUAAUGCAGUGUGUUGGGAAGUUUGGCCAUGAGUUAGCAACCAUUCUUUCCCCAUCAGCAUUUUUUCUCUGUCAGGGCAACACAAGGCAGAAUAAAUAUAACAUCUCUUCAUAGCAACUGCACCAUACAGAAGGUUCCGCAAUGAAAAAAUGAUACUCACCACUUUUUGCUUAUACUAUAUAGAGUAUAUUAUAAUAGUAUUGUGUAUUAUACUCUGCUUUUUUUGUUCAUAGAUCAUAAACAUGAAAUAAACAAAGGU